ACAGUGAUCACACAUCACAUGACCAGCGGUGUAUACAAUCUGCUCGCAAACCAUACCUGCUUGCAUUAUAUUCGUGUCUGCUUGGCGCAGCUUAGGUUCCUUGUCCGUGUAUUGAUAUGCAGAUCCUGUUCAGCUGAGAUUGAAUUUUGAUCUAGAGGAUAUACAUAUUGAGAGAAUCAGGGAACACAAGACUGAGUUAAAAGAGCAACAUACGGUACAUGACAUAGAUCUAGACUAGAUCUUUAAUAUAUAGAUCUAUGCAAACACGAUUAUUAACAUGGGAUGUCACCUCGGCAUUGAUUAAAUUUUGGAGGAUUCAGGACAAUAUUCAAUCUUAACAACACCUUGAUUUGUUACUUAAAUUAAACUGAACAAACCACUGAUCUUCCAAGAUGAGCCGGAGCAGUAAGAGACUGUACGCUAACGGGCUGAAUGACUCGAUGGAUGCAUCGGGUUACGAGUCCAGCAACGACACUCAGUCCUUGUUGGGCAGUGUUACAGUACGGACUAACCCGUCACAAGUAGGAGAGACAUCGGUUCUUGGGGCGAUGUUCAUCGUCGUCAAUGCCUGCAUCGGGGCGGGGCUGCUGAAUUUCCCAUACGCAUACCAGUCUGCUGGAGGAAUUGCAGUCAGUGCCAUCAUUCAAGUGGUACUGGUCUGUAUAAUCGCAACCACCUUGCUGGUCCUAGCCCUGUGUUCUGACGUACGACAGUCCAGAUCUUAUCAAGGUGUCAUACAGGAGAUGUGUGGUUCCAAAGCAAGGUUUAUCUGUGAGCUGUGUAUCAUUGCUUACUGCUUCGGAACAUGCAUAACGUUCUUUAUCAUCAUAGGAGAUCAGAUGGAGGGAAUUUUAGCCUACAUCUGUGGAGGAACGGAGCAUUUGGUCCAUUGGUAUCAAGACAGACGCUUCACCAUAACGUGCUGGGGGAUACUCAUUGUACUACCACUAUGCAUGCCAAAGAAGGUAGACUUCCUCAAAUAUCCUGGGUCUGUUGGAGUACUAGCAUCGCUCUACAUCUGUAUUGUGGUUAUCAUCAAUUACUUUCAAUGGGCGAAGACCCCUAGUCCAGAUCUUGUUACUGAACCAUCAUCCUGGACUCAAGUCUUUGCUUCUAUACCCACCAUAUGCUUUGGAUUCCAGUGCCACGUUAGUAUAGUUCCAGUCUACUCCAGCCUCCACAAACGUUCCCUCCCUCGAUUCACCCGCGUCAUAAUCCCGGCUCUGCUGAUCAGCUGUACAGCCUACACCCUUUCUGGUAUAUUUGGGUCUCUAACGUUUGGCAGUGACGUCUGCUCGGAUAUCUUACUCUCGUAUCAUGGACAGAACAUCACGAUCAUGAUCGCUAGGGUCAUGGCAUUAGCCAACAUGCUCACAACGUACCCUAUUUUACACUUCUGCGGCAGAUUAGCCAUUGAGACCAUGUUACAAUCAGCUUUUAACAAGACAGACGAAGAAUGGGUCUUGAGAGAGAAACGUCGCAGGGUCAUCGAGACAGUGACCUGGUUUUGUAUCUCUCUACUACUGGCUCUCUUCAUUCCAGAUAUAGGGGUGGUCAUCUCCGUCAUCGGAGGGUUGGCUGCUGUAUUUAUAUUCGUCUUUCCAGGUCUAUGCCUGGUCCAGUUUGUCCUCCAGCACUCUGCCGCAUCCCGGAGAAAGAAAUGGUGUCUCAUUACGUUUGGAGGAUUCCUCCUGGCUCUGGGCGUCUUCAUCUUCUCUGAGAGUUUCGUCCUCGCUAUCAUGAACGACAUCUCGGGUGUCACCAAGAGCGGGUGCUGAGAGCUUUCCUGGUUUGUCCUGUAUUAACUCUUUACAUUCAACACAAAUGAUCUUCUUGUGCCACAUUGUAUCUAUCAUGGGAUAGAUAUUCCAGAGGCUUCAAGAUUUAUUAAACUGUUUCCAGUCCAAGAUUAAUCUACACCAGUGCUAAAAGGGUUGUCAGUGGUUCAGCAUAGAGUCAUAUUUUUCUGCUGUGAAUUACAUCUUUGUUAACUGACUGCCUGGAAUGAGAGGAUACAGUAGUUAAUGAGUUAAUAAUAAUCCAGUGUUGACUAUUGAGAGCUGCUGAGAACAAGUGAUUAAACUUAGAUUUAUGGUUUCCCAGUUGAACUACAUCACUGGUUAUAUCAAGAGUCGUCAAUAUUGGAUGUAGUGAGCUACGCAACUCUUUACUUUGGAGAAAGAUUUAUUAAUAUCUGCCAGAACUUCAAUAUCAGCCACUGAUCAUCUUCUUCUUCCAGUGCAAGUACAGUCCUCUGGGUAGAGUAUCUUCAUACUCUUAUGCAGUGCUGUGAACUAGUGUACCAUGGUGCAUUUUGUGAGGCUCAGAAAACAUUCUUUACAGGUCACUGAAGAUAUCCAUGUGGAAAAUGUCGGAUAAAAAACCCAGCUUGGCUCUUGUACUAUAUUUGAGGAUAAAUGGGUAGCAUUCAUUAAUCUUGUCUAUUAUUAACAUCUCAGAUAUCAAGAAGUGUGGAGGCAGGAAGCAUGUACAUGUAUCAUGUUCUAAUGAUGAACUUUUUCUCACAUUAUGAACAUCAUUUUGAGUGACUGCAAGAGUAGAUGAAAGAGUGACCAUUAAAAUGCUCUUUAGCUGUUAUAUUUAUCUGGGUGCUAUAUAUGUCAGAAGAUAACUACCCUUUAGCUAACAUUCCAUUUUCAUUUAGAAAAACAUAUUUGGUGAUGGUUUAGAGAGUCAUCUUCACUUCCUAUUUUCAUCUAAAUUACAUAUCCCUGUUCAUGUACUAUGAAAAUUGAGUGCUAAUAUAUUUGUCUAAGUAUGAGUAGGAGACAAUCUCCUUCAAAGAGGCUAACAAAUGAGAGAUUAAAAGAUAUUAACUUUAAUAUACUUUAAGGAAUCAUGAUAAUAUACAGUUACAAAUUCAUUGUGAUGGCUUUACGCAAUGACUAAGUAAUACUUUACUUUACUUUAAUACACGAUGUUGUAGGUCUAAGCCUGUUCAUCGAUUCAGGAUUCUUCCAUGGUUACUGCUAUACGAAUAUAUCUGCUUCUGUUUUAAUACUUGAUUUCAUGUUAAUGUUAUUUUAUUUAUGUAUGAAAAAAAAACACUUAUAUGUGAUCUGUUUUCAAAUUUCUUUCAUAACAUAUCAAUUAUAGUUGGGGAACAGAAUGAUUUAAAUUUAGGCCUUCACAAAACAGUACAAUGAGUAUACCAGGGCCCAGUUUCAUAAAACUCGUUAUCAAUAACAAAUGCUAAAUUUCUAUGCCAAAUCUAUUUUAGUUGCUUAUAAAAGUUAUUGUAACUGAUUAUUGAAAACAAGUUAGAUGAAACAGAGCCCAGUGCUUACUACUUCAGUAAAGAAAAGUGUAGAUAUAUGAUGGUGGUUGCUUUGGUCACCUGUAAAGUGCAAUUUUGCCUUGGAGAGUAUUUAUUCCUUGAAAAUUGUUAUUUGAAACAGUGAGAUGAAUGUAAAUUUAGUACUUAAUGUGACAAGGGAUGUAUGUAUUUAUUUUGAAUAUUUUUGGACAGAUCAAAUGAUGUGCUUGCCGAUCAUGUUUUGAUAGAAAUACUUGUAUUAUUUUAAGUACUUAAACUUUAUUUAUCGGAAUUAUCAUAAUAGACUUGAUUCUUUAGAAACCUGUAGAAUCUACCUGGUCGAUUCUGACAGGAUGUAUACAAAUCAAAUUCUAGUGGAUUUCUUUUUUUCUGUGAGUUUGUGCAUGUAGAAAUGUGUACUUUAGAGAAAUUCAGGUAAUGUAUAGUAUGUAGGUACCGUACAGACUUUGUGAAAUUCCAUAUUUGACAGCCUGAGAAUACUUUGAAAUAAUCUAUGCAUGAUCGUAUCAUUGCCGUUAACCAAGUAAUACUAGUAGUGUUCAUAUUAUUUGCAGCGGACAGUAAACAUUUGUUGGUGAAAAUAACAUAGGGAAUAGAUUGAUUCAAAUUAUGGUGCGUAAUAAGUAAACGUCUCGUAAACAAAGGUCGAUCAUUUUGACUUGUUAUGUCGAGGUACUGGUACCGGUAAUGUGUUUGUGCCCCAGCAUGGCCCUCAUGUCCGAAAGGAAGGCAUUUUAUCUACAUUGCCUCUCUCUACCCACGUGUUAAAUGUCACAGUGGUUGGGUUAGUGUUUAGACACCUGUGAGAUGUGUGCCUCUGAAAUGGCUCACAUCUGGCUGGAAUGCUCUACUAGUCCUUUGGAGUAGCGCCUGCGCACUGAAAGCGCGUAAUCAUAAUAAUCCAAUACAUUGAUCAUGGUAAUAAUACAUUGAUCAUAGUAAUAAAACAUUGAUCAAGGUAAUAAUACAUUGAUCAUGGUAAUAAUACAUUGAUCAUGGUAAUAAUACAUUGAUCAUGGUAAUAAUACAUUGAUCAUGGAAAUAAUACAUUGAUCAUGGUAAUAAUACAUUGAUCAUGGUAAUAAUACAUUGAUCAUGGUAAUAAUACAUUGAUCAUGGUAAUAAUACAUUGAUCAUGGAAAUAAUACAUUGAUCAUGGUAAUAAUACAUUGAUCAUAGUAAUAAUACAUUGAUCAUGGUAAUAAUACAUUGAUCAUGGUAAUAAUACAUUGAUCAUGGAAAUAAUACAUUGUAAGGAGCUUUGAUCACUCGCAUGAAAUUGGAAGUGUGCUGCCUACUUAAACUGGUAGUGUUAUUGCAUUUUAUUUUUGUAUUAUUGUUAGCAUCAUUACCAUUAUCAUACUUGAGUGACUGAUAUUAUUCUAAGAUGGGAUUUCUACCUCUACUUACUGUGAUAUUCAUUUACCAUUUAUUAUUUAUCACACACUUUCGGUGAGAUCAAAUGCGCGAAUAAGGAUGCAACUUUGCACCCAUGUGUUUGUAAUUGCAUUGUGCGUAUUAUUAAUAGAUUGUGGUGUUAAUGUGGAUUAUGUACAUGUGGAUGUUUCAAUCAAUUAUACAUUUCACUUUAAAUCUUUGUAUCUUUGUUUAGCCACUGAAGUGAAAAGAGAUACAACAGGAAUAAUCAUCCAACUUUAUAUUAUAGAAUCUUCUAGGCCUUUUAGAGUAAAACUUUGUCUUGAAUAUCAUAAUACUGGUAGUACUAUUUAAAUUUUUAAGUCUUCCAUAGGUAUCGUAGAAUUUAAUGCAUACAUUUUCCUUUAAGUGAUGCCAGUACAUGUGAAGCAUGAACCUCUUGAUAUUUUCACUCCUAUGUGCCAGUCCUUUAAAUGUUUUAAAUAUAAUGCAAUUUUGAUAACACAUGAAAAUAAUGUACAAAGAUAAGUGAUACAAAGUUUAUUAAAAAUAAAUUACGGAUAUUCAA